UUCCGUACGGCGAUCGCACAAUACUUGUUGGCUCAUGGGACAGAACUACGAAUAUCCUUGACCUUGUGACAUUGACCUUCACCAAACAGUUACAAGGUUUUUUACCAAAAAAUGGCUACCUCGCCGAACGACAUCCGAGUGAUUGGAUAUGACAAAGCUGUGACACCAACAAAAGCACGGCGGAACAUCAAAGUUUAUUCCUUGGCGACGGGUCGUGUGACGUCAGUGAUGAAGGCGGGUCAGUCAGAGCGAAUAUCGGGGCUGCAGCUCAGUACUGACGAGGAAACGUUACUUGCCAGCACAACUAAAGGCCCGAUACUUGUGUUCAACACAAAGACGUGUUGUUACCUGUAUUCUGUCAACACAACCGCUGUGUCUCUGAAGAACGUGGUUGAUGCCAGAAUGACGUCAGAUAACUUCAUGCUGUUCAGACCGGAUGUAGAAGAUAAACACUCUGUCGUUGUGUGGAACAUGACAAAAAAGACUGAGCACUGUCGUCUGCGCACUCAACAGAGUGAAGGUCCGGUGCGGAGAUUCGAUGUUGUGGCCGAUGACACUGCUGUCGUUGUCACCGACGCGUACCUACACGUGUUCAGCAUUUCUACAGGAGACCAGUUAGACUCUGUACACAGUCGACAAGGCACGUCACGUAUCUGUUGCCGCUACGACAGUCCCUACUUCACCACCUUCAACAACGACAUCGACGACAAUACUGUGAAACUUUGGCAGACAUCACCAGUAAAAUGUAUGGCUUCAUUUACCCCGGAUAUACGGCCUCGAGAGAUAUUUUUGUCACGUGACGGCCGUACCCUCCUUGGUUACUUUAACACGACCCCGCACCCCGUGUUGUGGACGCUGCACGGUACGGAUAUCCCGGCUGGGGGUGAGGCAGAUGGCACGGGACAACUACCCAACCCAUAUGGAAAUGAGUAUAUGGAAGCAGACCUCAGCAGCCCUCGGGAACACGUGACAGAUGACCCGGAAGACCCAGACAGUGAUGAAGAUGUGGUCACGUGAUCUAUCUUGAUGCUAUUUACAUUUGUGCCAAAUAUGGAUAUACCUCAAGCAAUUCCAUGUACAAAAGCUGUCGUCAAGAGAAUGAAUCGUCAUAGUGAUAUCAAAACUCUACAAUCCUCA